AGAUAAAAUUGAACGAACGAACAGUACCCAACAACAACAACAAAAAAAAGGAUAUACCUUGAGAAUAUAUAAAACUAAAUCUUAUCGAAUCCUGAGAGACCUGAAACAACUCAACCCCCUUCUCCUCUGUUUCUUCCCUAUAAAACAGGGGACAGCCCGCAGAACACCGGAAAGAAGAACUCGGCUCUGGUUUUCUGCAAAUUUUUAGACAAUGGAGAGAAUUCCCGGAAAACCCUUCUUUGUCUUCUUCCUCCUCCACGCCUCGCUGUUCUGCCUAUCUCUCUCUCCGGCGUCGGCCUUCCGCGGGCGGGGGCUGAGGUUCCGACCCAACGGUCAGUUCAAGAUCCUGCAAGUGUCCGAUAUGCACUACGGUUAUGGCGCCAAAUCGGGAUGCCUCAACGUGCCGGAGGAAGAGGAACCCUUCUGCUCCGACCUCAACACCACCGCCUUCUUGCGCCGCACCAUCGCCUCCGAGAGACCCGAUCUCAUCGUCUUCUCCGGGGACAACAUAAAUGGACUGUGCGAGACAAUGGACGCGGCCAAGUCGAUGAACUUAGCCUUUGCGCCAGCGAUCGAAUCAAGGAUCCCGUGGGUCGCGAUUCUCGGAAAUCACGACCAGGAAUCCGACAUGACAAGAGAGCAGCUCAUGAGAUACAUCGUCAGGUUACCGUACACGUUGUCCAGAGUGAAUCCAGCCGGUGCUCGGUACUACAUCGACGGCUUCGGCAAUCACAACCUCGAGGUCCAAGGCCCCUUCGGUUCUCCUUUUUACUUCAAGUCCGUCCUCAAUCUGUAUUUCCUUGACAGUGGGGACAAUACCCAUCUCCCUGGUUUCAAUUACAACUACGACUGGAUCAAGACUUCCCAACAAUACUGGUACGAACAGACUUCCAAGUGGCUCGAGGCACAGUACAGGAGAUGGCCCAAUCCUCAGAAAAGCGCGGCCCCUGGUCUCGCCUACUUCCACAUUCCUCUGCCCGAGUUCUGGAGCUUCAACACGUCCAACGCCUCAACAGGGGUGAGACAGGAAGAGACCGGGUCGGCUGUUGUGAACUCGGGCUUCUUCACAAAGCUGGUAGAGCGACGAGACGUGAAGGCGGUUUUCGUGGGUCACGACCACAGAAACGACUUCUGCGGCAAACUCCGUGACAUCAACCUCUGCUAUGCAGGUGGAUUCGGGUACCAUGCGUAUGGACAGGUGGGAUGGGCGAGGAGGGCGAGAGUAGUGCUGGCUCAGUUGGAGAAAUCCAGGCAUGGACGGUGGGGAGACGUGGAGUCCAUCACGACGUGGAAGCGGCUCGACGAUAAGAACCACUCGGUCGUCGACACUCAGGUCCUCUGGUCCAAGCACAACCGCACCACCGCUUCUGAUGAGAAGAAUUUUUGGAUCGAUUGUUCAAAGAUUAAAAAGACCACGCCAUGAAGUUUUCAUGGCUGUUUAUGUUUUUUAUUUCGCCAUGUCGAUUUAUUUAUAGUAAAAUCUUGCCAAAGUUUAGAUUAUGGAUCGGAUGUUACAUUAAAUAGCCAUAAAGUUUUCAAGCAAUAUUAUAUUAUUAUAUAUAGUUCUUUAGGUUCUUCACUAUGAAUAAAGAUUCCUUUACUUAUA